CCCCAAAUAGGAAUGCCCUCGUUACCGUCGUUAGGCUCAUUCCCCAAACACGCUCCUUCACAACGUUCAUCAGUGAGAAGAAGAGCUGCGACCCUGCUCCGAUAUCCGCUCCAGACGUCCUAUCGCCGGCGCCGGCUACGGCUACUGCGCCUUCAUCUGAGCAAAGAAAAAGCAAAUGGAUGAUGAGAUUUCAAACUCGCUCCGUCGCAUGUCGACUCGAGCGCGUAAAGUCGCGCCCAAAAUGGCAGCUGCACUUGCCAGCACUGAUAAUCGAACACAGGCAAUUCUCGCACGUCUUGAAGCGCUUGAGAAUGACAAUCCUGGAGCCGAAAUGGUUGAACCUAAUGAUGAUGAUGAUGCAUCCCUUGAUGAAGAUGAUGAUCAAGUGUUCCACAAAAAGCAAUCGAAAGGAACAAAACGGAAAACUCGUCAGGCGAAAGCACUCGAGACAGCAAAGAAAGCCCCGAGAACAUUCCUUGAGCUCUUGCAUGACGCAAACUUGGAAUCCUUGGGUCCUCAUGUGCCAACAUAUCUAAGAGCAGCGGUAGGGCCGCCAAGCUCCGGCAGCCGCCGCCACUUCUGCACUGUUUGUGGGUUUUCAGCCAAGUAUACAUGCGUCAGAUGUGGGAUGCGUUUCUGUGCUGUUCGAUGCCAGAAUAUUCACAAUGAUACACGUUGUCUCAAAUUUGUUGCGUAGAAUGAGAGAGUAGUAAAUGACCAUUUUGCCCUUCUGAUGCUGAAAGUAUAUCACUAUAUGUAUAUGUGUAUGUAUAUGGAAUUACUUCCUCUAGAUCUCUUUUUCAUUGUUUAUGAUCUUGCCUAUGUUGAUGAGACGAGAGAGGUAUAGAGCAUUCUAUUGAGGACUCGGUUUUUCAAUGGAGUUUGAUAUUAUAAGUA